UUUUUUUUGAACGCGUCAAUUUCUACCCUGGGGUGUGCACUUCACCCGUUGUUCAGUUGGUAAGUAGUUUCUGUUUCUGCUACCUUACGCCACCAUAACUUCAAUGUUUUUAUCCGCUGCUGCUACUUUACGCUUCCCAUUCCUCAUUUAAAUUCCGUCACCGAUCAAAAGGCCCUUCCAACCCCCUCUCUCUCUCUCUCUCAACAAAGCUUCAGGCUGAACUACAUACAAUAAUGCUGUGGGCAUAUGCGCAGCGCUUAACUUCGUUUCGGUUCUUAUAUAUAUUAUUUGUUGCCUCGAGCUCUGUGGAACAUGGGAGUGCAAGGAUCACAAGUACUUUUAUUCGUUCUGAAUGGCCGUCCAUUGAUGUCCCACUUGACAAUGAAGUUUUCAAAGUUCCAAAAGGUUAUAAUGCACCUCAGCAAGUGCAUAUUAUCCAAGGUGACUAUGAUGGGAAGGCUGUCAUAAUAUCUUGGGUUACAACUGAUGAACCAGGGUCCAGCAAAGUACAAUAUGGCACAUCACAGAAGAAAUAUGAUUUUAGUGCUGAUGGCACAAUGACAAACUACACCUUUUACAAAUACAAAUCUGGCUAUAUACAUCAUUGCCUUGUUGAUGGUCUUCAGUAUGACACCAAGUACUAUUACAAGAUUGGGACGGGUGACUCUUCACGUGAGUUUUGGUUUCAGACACCUCCAAAAAUUGACCCAGAUGCUACCUAUAUAUUUGGUAUUAUUGGUGAUUUGGGUCAAACAUAUAAUUCUCUUUCUACUCUCCAGCAUUACAUGCAGACUGGAGGACAGACUGUCUUAUUCGUUGGCGAUCUCUCUUAUGCUGAUAGAUAUAAAUACAAUGAUGUCGGUAUUAGAUGGGACUCGUGGAGUCGCUUUAUUGAGCAAAGCGCUGCAUAUCAGCCAUGGAUUUGGUCUGCUGGAAAUCAUGAAAUUGAGUACAUGCCAAACAUGGGGGAAGUGUUUCCAUUUAAAUCAUAUUUACAUAGGUUUGCUACUCCUCAUUUGGCCUCCGGAAGCAGCAAUCCUCUUUGGUAUUCUGUCCGACGUGCUUCCGCUCACAUUAUUGUCCUGUCCAGUUAUUCUCCAUAUGUGAAAUCUACACCUCAAUGGAAAUGGCUGAGAGAAGAACUAAAAAAAGUGGAUAGAGAGAAGACACCUUGGUUAAUUGUUCUCAUGCAUGCUCCCAUCUAUAGUAGUAAUGUAGCCCACUACAUGGAGGGUGAAAGUAUGCGAGCUGUUUUUGAAAGCUGGUUCGUCCGUUCCAGAGUUGAUCUCAUCUUUGCUGGCCAUGUUCAUGCCUACGAAAGAUCGUAUCGCAUUUCAAAUAUACAUUACAAUGUGUCGAGUGGUGAACGUUAUCCUAUACCUGAUAAAUCAGCUCCUGUGUACAUAACUGUUGGAGAUGGAGGAAAUCAGGAAGGCCUUGCUGGAAGGUUUUAUGACCCACAACCAGAGUAUUCUGCAUUUCGUGAAGCCAGUUAUGGUCAUUCUACAUUGGAGAUCAUGAACAGAACCCAUGCAUUCUACCACUGGAACCGCAAUAAUGAUGGGAGAAAAGUAGCAACUGAUUCUGUGGUAUUUCGCAAUCAAUACUGGGCUAGCAAUUUGCGAAGGAGAAGACUAAAAAAGAUCCUAUGAGGCCGACCCCUGGUCUCACUGCAGCUUUCUGAUAGUAUCUUGUUGGCAGAAAAUUAUAGCUCGACAGGUUUUCAUUGGGGAGUAUAUAGAAGAAUGUAGUUGCAAAAAUUCUUGGAUACAUUUUCUUUAUUCUUUGAAAUCGUUCAAUUUUAAUAAAAAUCUGUGUAUGCUGAGCUAGUGAAUUGAUAUGUAGUUAUCGCGCUAGAGAUUCAAUUUGUUUGUUCCU